AGAAAUGUAACAAAUGUUUAAAAUGGAGUCGACUCGUCCUAUAGUGACCCUAAAUUUAAUGAUUCUCUCAAUACUGAUUUGUACAACGGGAAAACAAACCAGGGUACAGCACAGAGGAAGGCAGGAGAGGAAUCCGAAUAUACGUCCUAGAAUUGUUAAUUACAGACAAGUUGAAAAGCAGAUAUUAGACAGCAUUCUCUCCCCUUCAAUAUAUGACGCUCAGAUUAGACCGCGGGGAACUAAUCUUUCAAUUGCACAAUCAGACGGACCAACUGUUGUGCUGGUAAAUCUUUAUGUUCGAAGUUUUGAGAAAAUUGAUGAUGUAAAAAUGGAAUUCAGUGUUCAAAUCACUUUCAGGCAGCAAUGGAAUGAUAAUCGUCUUGAAUUCGACGAUCAGGCAGGUCGGAUAAAGUACUUGACAAUGACCGAAAGAUCUAAGGUUUGGAUGCCAGAUACGUUCUUCAGAAAUGAGAAGGAUGGACAAUUUCAUAAUAUUAUUCAACCAAACCUAUACGUCAGGGUGUUCCCAAACGGAGAUGUCCUCUAUAGUAUUAGGGUUUCUUUAACUCUUUCCUGUCCAAUGGAUCUUGAAUUGUUUCCAUUGGAUACACAGACAUGCCAACUAAAGGUUGCCAGUUAUGGUUGGACCUCUCAAGAUCUUAUUUAUACAUGGAAGCCCCCCGACCCUGUUCAGUUUGUUACUAAUCUCUUUCUGCCUGGAGGAUUUGAACUUUCAAGGUAUAUUGAUGCCAGCUGUGACGUUAAGACUGCAACUGGACAUUACAGUUGUCUCAGUGUUGUUAUGCAGUUUAAACGUCAGCUGUCCUACUAUGUGGUGACAAUCUACGUACCUACAUUUAUGAUAGUAUGUGUGUCCUGGAUGUCUUUCUGGCUUGACCAUAAAUCUGCCCCGGCUAGGGUGGCUCUGACAAUAACAACCCUGCUGGCGAUGUCAACAACAACCUCUAGCAUUAACAGCUCCCUUCCCCCUGUAGCAUACACAAAGGCGAUAGAUGUUUGGUCGAAUAUUUGUGUUUCUUUUGUAUUCUUGGCUCUUCUAGAGUAUGCUUUAGUCAACUAUGCUGCUAGAGCAGAUGCAAGAGCUCUGGAGCUGCGUAGAUCCUACCUAAAGCAAGCAGAACAGCUAGAGAGAGAAGCUUCUUAUGCUUAUCAGUUCCAUCCGCAUCAGCAGUUCAACAACAACCCUCCGUUUGCAAAUAAUCUGCAGUACACUGCCAAUCCUUCUUUUGCAAAUAAUUUGCAAUAUCCCAGUAGACCGGUUCACAAUGAAACAAGAUUUGACAACCAUGAAACCCGUUUACCGAUUGAGAAUGAAAGCGAAGAUGAAUUUGAAUCUAUGAAGCGAGGACCCUAUUCCAGGAGAGUUGAGGGCGGAAAUGAACAAGCUGGAGGACCUAGAGGACCCGGAGGACCGGGAGGACCCGGAGGACCAGGAGGACCCGGAGGACCGGGAGAGGCUGAAGGAGAAGAGGGAGGGGCCUCCAGGAGAAAAGUAUUAUUUGCUCAACUCCUAAACAAUCCUGACAGAAGAAAGAAAGAAUUAGAUGUAAAAUCAGUUCUUGCUACCCGACCCAGUUUUAGAUAUCGGCCUGGAGCCAAGAAAAUAGACGUUCUUGCUCGUAUUCUCUUCCCAGCAACAUUUGCAGGUUUGAAUGUGUUCUACUGGUCCUAUUAUCUCUCAAUGGCAGAAUAUUCAAAUUUCUCCAACAUCACAACUGAUUAGAGCUUAAUCAUAAUUGACCAAAGUUUUAUCACAAUUCAUUAGAGCUUUAUCACAAUUGAUUACAGUUUUAUCACAAUUGAUUAGAGCUUUAUCACAAUGGAUUAUAGCUUUAUCACAACUGAUUAGAGCUGUAUCACAACUGAUAAGAGCGUAAUCACAACUCAUUAGAGCUUUAUUACAACUGAUUACUGCUGUAUCACAAAUGAUUAGAGCUUAAUCACAACUGAUUAGAGCUUAAUGAAAACUGAUUAGAGCUUUAUCACAAGUGAUUAGACCUUUAUCACAACUGAUUAGAGCUUUAUCACAACUGAUUAGAGCUUUAUCAACUGAUUUGAGCUUUAUCACAACUGAUUAGAGCUUUAUCACAACUGAUUAGAGCUUUAUCAACUGAUUUGAGCUUUAUCACAACUGAUUAGACCUAUAUCACAACUAAUAAAAGCCUGAUUAUAAAGUUUUCACAAUUAAUUAUCACGUAAUAAGGCCGGCCCCUGCCGACAGUAAAUGUAUCGCGAAACAUGAUUGGUAAAAACGCAAUUUCUAAAAAAAUUAUUAUUAUUAAAAAUAUGAAUUUGUUAAUGUGUACAUUAAUUAAUACAUUUGAGGGAUAAGUUGGUUGGCAUAAACUGAGUUUUGUUUAGUCAAGGGAUUUUGAUCAAGUUAUUAAAACUAAAUUCAGUUUUUUUUUCUAGAGUCAAAUCCUCUAAAAUAUUGAUGUUUCAAUAUCCUAGUCUGAAAGCUAUAAGUAAAUUGCCUGCAGCGAAUGUAAAUUAUUUCUAAGGUUUUCAAGUCCAAAAAGCUUUAGGUAGAGGAAUUUUCUUUAUAAAUUUUUAAAAAUUUUUUGUUAAAUCAAUAUAUAUAUACAGAUCAGAGAAUUUUUAAAAAUAUAUAUUCUCUUAAAAAUCCCUAAAAUAAGUUGAAUUGUGUACAGUUAAUGAAAACAUUUUUGAAAUUAUGAUUAAAAUGUUUCUACAAUUUAGAGAAAAUAUUUUUAUUAUUCAUAAUUCAGUUGUAAAGUUAAAAUGAAAUCUAAUUUUGACUAAAUUUUGUUAGUUAUAUAUUUAUAAAAUACGAUCCCAACCAUUUACUACAGGUCCAAGCGAUAAGACAUUCAGAUAU